UUCUACGCCAAGUGUGGGUGACGACGGCGGGAUAAUAACUCUUGAAGGGCCUUGCGGUGGAAUAAAAUGUGUUAGUGUGUAUGUGAAGUGUUGAGCGGCGAGUGUGGAAGGAGUUUGUGGGUGUUAUGAAGAGUUUGUGAUCGGGAGCGAGGAGAGUAACACCUAUCAUAGCAGUGAGGCUCCACCACUACCCGGGAAUAAGCGUGUUUUAUUACCUCUGAGGCCGAAAUGGACGCACUUGGUUUAUUCGCAACUUUUUGGAUGAUCUCAAGAGGGCUUAAAGUGAAUCGCUUCAAAUUUGGAGGCGGCGCUUCUGCUGCUUUGCGCCUCGCUCUUCGUGCUGACGACAUUAUUCGGAUCUUCCACACGUUUCGGGGGUGACUGUGCCUCCAGCGUGUAGUGCACAAUGAGAUACGACGACAGAAUGAGUGUUUGCUACUAUUUAUAAAUUAAUUUAUUAAUAAUGGAUAACCUGUCUGGGCUGUUUGGAGAUGGAGAUCUAAGCGACCUAGACCUGGGGGGCGAGUCUUUUGGCGGCCCCCCAGGCCCGACACCUGUCUCUGUCUCAGAGAUGGACCUCAAUAGCUUCUCACAACCAUCUUAUACAAGUAUUGGUUCUGGGGCUGGGGGGCCGCCACCACAGGGACCAGGUCAGAAAAUAAACAUGGGUGGCGGACCCCCUUCCUCAGCACAGUCGAUGUACCCGGGCCCUGGAGCUGGUGGAGGGUACCAGUAUGCAGUUGCUCCAGGCCAGCAGUCUCCUAUGAACCAAUACCAAGGGGGUCAGUACCCUUCGUCAUACCCUUCACCCAGCCAAGAAAUGUAUGCCCAAAGACCUGCACAGCCAAACCAGAGUGUCCCCACAUGGAGUAACCAGCCAGAUCCCUAUAAUCAGCACUACCAGCAACAUCCAAAUUAUUCACAAACAGGUAUGCCACCAUAUCAGAAUCAAGGUAUGACCAAUAGCAGUAUUGGAGGCUCUAUGCAACAAAACAUUCCACAAAAUUACCAGGGUAUGGCUCCCCAAAGUAUGGGUCAGGGAUAUCCUCCUGGUUCUCAGGGCAUAGUUUUUCAGAGUGCACCAAGACCUUCUUAUCCUGGGUAUGAUCCCCAGAGACCGAUGGCUUCCAACUCCCCCAACAUUAGUCCCUAUCCUGGGGCCUCCCCUGCACCUGGCCAGCCUCAGCAAUAUGCCAUGAGACAGCCAUAUCAGACAGGACAGUAUCCUCAGGGCCAAGUUCCUAUUGGGGGGCAGCAGCAGCAGCCGCACCCUGGCCAACCCAUAAUGGGUGGUCCACGACCUCAGGGUGAUAUGAACCAAUACCCUGGCUCUCAGGUACCAAAUGGCACUCCAGGUUAUAGAACGCCAUUUUCCCAGGCUUCGCCACAAAUGUCACCGCAUCCACAGCAAUCUCCACGGCCUCAGAUGUCUCCAAUGCCUCGUAGUAUGUCGCCACAUCCUCGUCCAAAUUCCAACCUAGGUAUGACGACUCCUGUAUCUUCGCCAGCUUCAAUGCCCCCGACAUCUAGUGUAUCACCAGUUCCUGCCUUAGGUAGUGGGCCGGGAUCCAGCUUGCAGCAGUUGGAGAAUAUGGUGAAGCCAUCUGUUGUUGCUGGUAGAAACACACCCACCAGCCAACGCUGUACCACUCCUACCCAGCCUAUGCAGUCACCGGGACAUUAUGCUGGAUCAUCAGGAGUGCCUAGUCCAAUGGGUACCAGAGCUCCUAUGUCUCCAAGUAUGGGUAGUAGACCUCCAAUGGGCACUCCUAUGAGCCCAGGUCUGGUUCCAGGUUCUACUAGGCCACCAAUGUCUCCAGGGUUAGUGCCUGGCUCUACCAGGCCUCCAAUGUCUCCUGGUUUAGGACCUGGAUCUGUUCGACCUCCCAUGUCACCAGGGAUAGGGAGUGCACGACCUCCUGUGUCCCCACAGCAAUGGCAACAGGCGAGGCCUAUGACCCAACAAAGUUAUGUACAAGCAGGCAGCUACAUGCAAGGCAACUUGACAGGACAAAGGCCUUCUCAUCCUAUAAGCCAACUCGAGUCUACUAUAUCAUCACAAGGACAAGAUUGUGUGUUGCCUGAUAGUAUUUCUAAUGUUAGUGAAGGUAAUUUGAUUCCUAGCACUAGUACAUCAAGUGUGUGUGUAUCUCAAAGUAAUGGACCAGUGUCAACUCAGUGUGUUAAUAGCAAUAUAGUGAAUAGUGCGGUAAUUAGUAUAUCAAACAGUGAAUCUAUUAGUGAAUGUGUUCAGGUGCAGGCAUCUUCUGGGUCUCCCACUACAUUGACUACAUCAACACUUAAUGGGCCCACACAAACAAUUUCAGUCACACAGCAUCAACAGUCCUCAGCACCCACCAACGUGCCUAUAACUUCCAGUGCCCCAGGAAGUGUGCCAACAAGUGCCAUGUCUCAAAAUGGCAUGAUGUCAAGUACAGUGAAUAGUAAUGGCAUGUCCCCAAAUCCAAGGACGCCUAACAGUAUGGCUUCAAACAGUCUAUCCAGUGUUUCUGGGCCAGUGGGGUUGGCUCCACAUGGUCCCCAAGGCCAGGGCAUGAUCAGGUUUUCUGGUCCUCAUGGGCCUCGGGGCCCAUAUCUUCAGCAACCCAUGAGUCAAGCAGGAUACAGGAUGAUGGGGCCAGGAACCUAUGGCCCUCAGGGACAAGUGUCACAGAGUCAGAUGACACAUGUUGGUCCUGGCCAGAUGACCUCAAGUGUUUCUGUCCAAGUAUCAUCAGGUCCUGGGCAGAUGCCACUGGUUCAGGUCAUGUCAGGUAGUCCUACCCAAAUGCAUACUACCAGUCCCACUCAGAUGCAGCCAGGGGGUCCCACUCAGAUGCAGCCAGGGGGUCCCACUCAGAUGCAGACAGGGGGUCCCACUCAGAUGCAGCCUGGGGGUCCCACUCAGAUGCAGCCUGGGGGUCCCACUCAGAUGCAGACAGGGGGUCCCACUCAGAUGCAGACAGGGGGUCCCACUCAGAUGCAGACAGGGGGUCCCACUCAGAUGCAGUCUGGGGGUCCCACUCAGAUGCAGUCUGGGGGUCCCACUCAGAUGCAGUCUGGGGGUCCCACUCAGAUGCAGCCUGGGGGUCCCACUCAGAUGCAGCCUGGGGGUCCCACUCAGAUGCAGCCUGGGGGUCCCACUCAGAUGCAGCCUGGGGGUCCCACUCAGAUGCAGCCUGGGGGUCCCACUCAGAUGCAGCCUGGGGGUCCCACUCAGAUGCAGCCUGGGGGUCCCACUCAGAUGCAGCCUGGGGGUCCCACUCAGAUGCAGCCUGGGGGUCCCACUCAGAUGCAGCCUGGGGGUCCCACUCAGAUGCAGCCUGGGGGUCCCACUCAGAUGCAGCCUGGGGGUCCCACUCAGAUGCAGCUGGGGUGUCCCACUCAGACGCAGUCAAGCAGUUCCAGCCAGAUGCAGCCUGGGGGUCCCAUCCAGAUGCAGUCGGGGGGUCCCGUCCAGAUGCAGUCGGGGGGUCCCACCCAGAUGCAGUUAGGAGGUCCCACACAGAUGCAGCCGGGGGGUCCCACUCAGAUGCAACCUGGCGGGCCAACUCGGAUGCAGGCGAGCUGUCCCACCCAGAUUCAGCAAGGGGGUCCCACCCAGAUUCAGCAGGGGGGUCCCACCCAGAUGCAGCCGGGGGCUCCCACCCAGAUGCAGCCGGGGGCUCCCACCCAGAUGCAGCCGGGGGGUCCCUCCCAGAUGCAGCCGGGGGGUCCCUCCCAGAUGCAGCCGGGGGGUCCCUCCCAGAUGCAGCCGGGAGGUCCCUCCCAGAUGCAGCCGGGGGGUCCCACCCAGAUGCAGCCGGGGGGUCCCACCCAGAUGCAGCCGGGGGGUCCCACCCAGAUGCAGCCGGGGGGUCCCGCCCAGAUGCAGCCUGGGGGGCUAACACGAAUGCAGCCAGGGGGUCCCACCCAGAUGCUGCCGAGUGGCGCGCACCCUGGUGUUUCUGGUCAGAUGCAGCAUGGGGGACAGAUGCAACAAUGUGGUCCUGGCCAGUUGCAACAUGGCCCCAACCAAAUGCAACAUGGUGGUCCUGCCCAAAUGGUGCAUAAUGGUUCUGGUCAAAUGUCGCAUAUUGUUCCCAGUCAAAUGCAACACAGUAGUCCAAAUCAAAUGCAAACAGUUGGGCAGUUGACUCCGAGGACACCGGGCCAAAUGGCUUCCAGGCCUACUGGCCCUCCUGGACCUGCAAGCCAGGUGACUGUUGGAUCCGGUGGACAAAUGGCUACGUGUCCCUUGGGUCAGAGGCCCACAUGUACACCUGGAAAAGUCCUUUCUGGGGCCAGUGGUCCAAUAGCCCCUGUCCCAAGGGGCUCUGUGAGGCAAAUGGGACCUGUGAUGCGAACUCAAACUCCCAUGGGUCCUGGAAUGACCACUGGCCCCAUGGGAAUGACACAAGGUUCUGUAGGAGGGCCUGGCAUGGCUCCACAAGCUCCUCAUACUAUGCAACCUCAGAUGAACCUCACCUAUGAAACCCAACAAUGUCAACAACAACUGCAGCAACUCUACAAAAUGCCUCAAAACGUCCAGACUCAGCAAAAGAUUCAAGAGAUGCAGCAGCGGAUAAGCCAGCUACAGCAGCAGGCUCAGCUGCCCCAGCAGCAAUUCAUGCAGCACACCCACCAGGGAAUAAUCAAUCAGACGGCCCCAGCACAACCGCAGAUGGAAGAUGCUGGCUCCAACAAGACCAUCAAGAGCAAAAAGCGUGCAACCAAAAGCAAAACCCCAAAACCCCCCAAACCUCCCAAGGAACCAAAGUUUAAGAAGGAGGUGAAAGCCAAGAAAGAUACGAAGAUAAAGGAGCCUAAAGAACUCAAGGUCAAGCGGCCCAGUGCCCCACCAAGAAGAACACGUGUAAGGAAAAUUGUAAUGGGCUUGGCUCGUGAGGUGAACACUCUACCUGUGGAUACUGGCACUGGUGCUCCUCCAGCUGCUCUGAUGGACCCGGCUGUUGCACCUCCAGGAACUCCUCUGGAUCCAACCAAGGUUAAUCCAGCAACUGGUUUGCCUAUUGUUGCUUCUGGUAUUCCCACCAUUCCUAUUACCAUUACUAAUGCUAAGAACAAGGUUGAGAAAAAACCUAAAGUGAAGAGUGCAACUCCAGCCAAAAAGAAACCUUCUGCCAAAUUGACACUAAACUUCAAGCGCAAGAGGAAAAGGCGAGGGUCAGAGUCGGAUUUUUCAGACAUGGAACCCAAUGCAGUAUCUGCUGCCCAGAAAGAGGAAGAUGAAGCCAACAAGAGAAGAUCGGGACGCAACACUUUACGGAAGAAAUACGUAGACGAGCUGGAUUUAAACUUGUCGGACGAUGACAACUUGCUAAUAAAAAACCCUUCAAACAACACGGGGGUUGGAGGGAGUGGGAGCGGGGACCCUCAGAGUGCUGCUGAUCUUGCAGCUGCUUACACUGGCAACAACCACCCUGAAGAAGAAGGCAACUUGGUUAAACCAAAUUUUGUUUAUGUGGAUCCAAACAGUGAGGACACAAUGGUGGUGCAGAGCAUCUUGGGCAUAAGGACAGGACAGAGAGAGGUUGAGAGCGACACAGAAGAUGACCCGGAGGAAAAAGGGAAAGAAGGUGAAGAAGGUAAAGAGAAGAAGAAAGGAACUGUCAAAAAGAUAGAUGUGGAAGAAUUUUUCGUCAAGUAUCGCUCAUUUUCAUACCUCCACUGUGAAUGGCGAACAGAGGAGGAACUCUUCAAAGGGGACAAAAGAAUAAAUGGAAAAAUUAAGCGCUACAAGCAGAAGAGAGCUACGAGUCAUAAUGUGAUGGAAUUUUUGGAAGAAGAACUGUUUAAUCCAGACUACACUGAGGUGGACCGCAUUCUGGACAUGACGGAAACAACAGAUCCCACCACCGGCAAAGAAAUCAAACACUACCUGGUCAAGUGGAAGGCUCUUUCUUAUGAGGAAUCUACUUGGGAGAUGGAAGACGAUGUUGACGUACUCAAGCCAUGCUGUGAUAUCAAGAAGUGUCAACGCUGGGUACAAGUCUGCAAAGGGGAAGGGUUUUCAGCAGAUGUAGUCAAGGAGGACACUUGUGUCUGUUCUCUACACUCCAUCGAUGAGAAAGGACCAAAUGUUGAUGGUCCUAAUCCAGUCCCGGCCACAGCUACACAUUCAUCACAGAUUGAUGCCUACCUCACAUACAAAGAUCAUCCCCCUAAAUCUGAGUGGAGACCCAAAAAACGGCCAAAGCCCAGUGAGUGGAAGAAGCUGGAUGUGACUCCGCAGUACAAGAACAACAACACUCUCCGCGAGUAUCAGCUGGAAGGACUCAACUGGUUAAGCUUCUCUUAUUAUAAUUCACGAAACUGCAUCCUUGCCGACGAGAUGGGGUUAGGAAAGACCAUCCAAUCGCUGACCUUCGUGGAUGCUUGUUAUAAAUAUGGCAUCCGUGGACCGUACCUGAUCAUCGCACCUCUUUCCACUAUCCCCAACUGGCAGCGAGAGUUUGAGAGCUGGACAGACCUCAAUAUCAUCGUUUACCAUGGAUCACAAGGAAGCCGUAACAUGAUUCUUGAAUACGAGAUGUAUUAUAAAGAUGACAAGGGCCAACGUAUUCCCAACGUAUACAAAUUCAACGUUCUUAUCACCACUUUUGAGGUGAUUAUAUCCGAUUGCCUUGAGCUGAAGGAGAUCCACUGGCGAUGCUGCAUCAUCGAUGAGGCGCACAGACUGAAAAAUAGGAACUGCAAGCUCCUGGAAGGCCUGCGUUUGAUGUUCCUGGAACACAGAGUGUUACUUUCUGGAACUCCUCUACAAAAUAAUGUGACGGAGCUCUUCUCCCUUCUCAACUUUCUGGAACCCACACAGUUCUCUUCUCAAGAGUCUUUCCUGCAGGAGUUUGGAAAUUUACAAACGGAAGAUCAGGUUAAUAAGUUGCAGGCUCUCCUGAAGCCAAUGAUGCUACGAAGAAUGAAGGAGGACGUAGAGAAGAGCCUGGCACCCAAGGAGGAAACUAUAAUUGAGGUUGAAUUGACAAAUAUUCAGAAAAAAUAUUACAGAGCCAUUUUGGAACGAAAUUUUGACUUUCUAGUUAAGGGUGCAACCUAUGCAAAUGUGCCAAGCUUAAUGAACACCAUGAUGGAACUGCGGAAGUGUUGCCUGCACCCAUACCUGCUGAAUGGUGCCGAGGAUGCCAUUCAGCAGGACUAUCGCGACUCCAGCCCAGCCAACACUUCCGAUCCAGACACAUACUACAAUGCUCUUAUUCAAUCGUCGGGGAAGAUGGUGUUGGUGGACAAGCUCUUGCCUAAGCUAAAAGACAAUGGUCAUAGAGUACUUAUAUUUUCACAGAUGGUAAAGCUCUUGGACAUCCUGGAAGACUACCUCAUAUUUAGAAAGUACCCUUAUGAAAGGUUGGAUGGACGGAUUCGUGGUAACAUGCGGCAGGCGGCCAUCGAUCGCUUCUGCAAGCCAGACUCUGAUCGCUUUGUUUUCCUGUUGUGCACUAAAGCUGGUGGCUUGGGCAUCAACCUGACAGCAGCAGAUACAGUUAUAAUUUACGACAGUGACUGGAACCCUCAGAAUGACCUGCAGGCUCAGGCUCGCUGUCACCGUAUUGGCCAGUCGAAGAGUGUCAAAAUUUAUCGCCUCGUCUGCAGAAACACAUAUGAAAGAGAAAUGUUUGACAAAGCAUCAAAGAAGCUGGGUCUGGACAAAGCAGUAUUACAAUCAAUGAACAGUGACCAAAGUAAGAAUGGUGCAGCAGGAGGAAACUCCUUGGGGCUUUCAAAGGCUGACAUCGAGGAAUUAUUAAAGAAAGGUGCAUAUGGAGCACUGAUGGAUGAGGAUGGCGAUGCAGAAGACUUCUGCGAAGAAGACAUCAAUCAGAUAUUAUCUCGAAGAACAACAGUUAUUCAGCACGAAAGUGAAAAAGGUUCUUCAUUUUCUAAAGCUUCGUUCUCUGCAUCAAACAACCGAUCCGAUAUAGAAAUAGAUGAUCCUGACUUUUGGAAAAAAUGGGCAAAACGAGCAGAAAUUGACACAGAAGUUGCAGACAAACUUCGCAAGAAGACGUUAAUAGUUGAAGAACCACGGAGAAGAUCACAGAUACGUAGAUAUGGCCACGAUGAGUCGGUUUUGGACUGUAGUGACCUAGAAUCCUCGGCAAGUGACUCGGGCCAAGAGAGGGAUUUAGAACCAGAAAUGAUCCCGGAAACGAAUAGCAGGUCUCGGGGACGAGGCCGAGGUAGGGGUCGUAACAGAGGAAGGGGAGGGAGAGGCGGUCGCAAUACGAGGGCAUCUCGAUGGGUAGUGGAGGAAGAACAACUCGAUCCAGAGAAUGUUAGAUAUGGUCAAUGGUUACGUUCAGAGUGCUUCAAGGUGGAAAAGGGCUUAUUAAUGUAUGGGUGGGGUCGUUGGAAAGAGAUCCUUGCCCAUGGAGAUUUCCGUCCAGCUUGGAAAGAAGUAGAUGUUCAGGACUGUGCACGCAUGAUACUUCUCUUCUGCAUCCGUUAUUAUCGAGGGGAUGACAAAAUUAAGGGCUUCAUAUUUGAUUUGAUUGCCCCCACAUCUGACGGGAAGACUCGCAUCCACCACAACCAUAUCGGCCUUUCUGCUCCAGUGCCUCGCGGAAGGAAGGGUAAAAAAAAAAUAAGGGAAGCCAAGCUGGUUGCCUCCCACAUGGAAGGUGCUGACUGGGCAAAAGAAGAGAAGUAUGAUACAGAUGUUUACCUGGAUCAGGGCUACUCGAGACACCUUACACGGCACUCAAACAAGGUGCUUUUGAGAGUGCGACUUCUCUUUUACAUCAAACAAGAGAUCAUUGGUGAUCAUUAUCUGCAGAUUGAUGAAGGCUGUAAAUCAUCAGACCUGAACAUCACCCCUCCCACAACAGAGUUGCCUCCCAAACCCUGGUGGGACGUGGAGGCUGAUCGCUCCCUCUUGGUGGGUGUAUAUAAGCAUGGCUAUGAACGAUACAACGUGAUGAGGAAUGACCCCGCUCUCUGCUUUCUUGGACGUUGUGGACCACCAGACAAGGCUGCUCUUAUGGCCGAGAUGAACACCAUCAUAAAUGAAGAUGACAUGGAGAAGGAGGAUAAAGAGGAUGAGAAGGAUGAUGAGGACUCUAACCAGACUCCUCUGCCAUCUAGUCCGGCUGUGUCCACCUCCACCUCCAAAUCUGAUGAUGAUAAAUGUGAAGAAAAAGAUGACAAGUCAAUAUCAGACAAGAAACUUGUACAUUUUCCAUCGACGUCUGAUAUUAAUGGCCGACUCCGAAGACUGGUGACAUCUUACCAGCGUAAUAACAGGAAGAAUGACUUAAGACAUGAAGCCAAAGUUAGGGGUUAUGAUCAUUAUCUAGCAGACAAACUAAUGAGGCGGGAGCGUAUGGCUGAGUACAUUCGAGAACGUGAGUUGCGCAAGACUGAUUAUAAUCAACGGCGCUGGUCCAACAGGGAGCAGGCAGAGUUUUAUCGCACCAUAUCCACCUUUGGUGUCGAGUACAUUAGAAAGGAGAAAAGAUAUGAUUGGUCCAAGUUUCGCACGUUGUCAAGACUAGAAAAAAAAUAUGAUGAAACGCUCACAGAAUACUUCCGGGCUUUCAUGGCCAUGUGCAAGAGGCAGUGUGGUAUCCGUUUAUCUGAGGAAGAAAAUGAAAAAAUGAUGGAGAUCGGAGUGGAUCGACUUCCAGAAGAAAGAGCACGUAGAGUUUUGGAACGAGUGGACCUGCUGAACCGUCUUCGCAAUGAUAUAAUACCUAACUCUAACCUGAAGAAUGCCUUAGAGUUAGCCUUACCAUCCAAAGAUAUGCCGGACUGGUGGAUACCUGGCAAACAUGACCACGAUCUGUUGAAAGGUGUUGGCAGGCAUGGAUUGGGUCGUACAGAUUAUUACAUUCUUUACGAUCCUGAGCUCAACUUCCGAGAGAUAAUUCGCCGCCACACUGCUGGAGAACCACUCAUCACUGAGGAAGAGAAGUUGGCACUUCAAAAGAAAUAUUACGAGAAGGAUAAAAUUGUUAAGGAAAUUGAUCAAAAGGAAAAUGAUCGUAAGAAAAUUGAUCAUAAGAAAAUUGUAGAUAAAAAAGUGGAAGAAGAAAAAAUAAGAGAGAGAGACUCAAAAGAUGAGGAGGAAGAAGAAAGGCUGGAGCAAGAGGAGGAGGAAGAUGCAGACUUGGAGAUGAAGGAUAACGAAGGCGCUGGUAAAGUCACCAACGAAAAUGAAGAUGAUAAGAAUGAGAAAGCUGAAGAGGAUAAACUGGAGGAGACAAUGGAAGCAGAAGAUAGUGAAGUGCAGGAGGAUAAAAAGUUAAUUGAAAAGUUGAAGGUGGAAGAGGGUUUUAGUAUAGAUGAUACCAAAGAUUCUGUCACAGCAGUAAAAAAAGAAGUGAAGGUUGAAGUUAAAACUGAAAUAGAAGAGAAGGUUAAGAUAGAAGGUGAUGAUGAGCUUAAAAUUGAAGAGAAGUGUGAUGAGGUGUUAAGUGAGCAGAUGCCAUGUGACGAGGUGAAUAAUAGUGAUGACCUGGACAAGAGUGAAGAUGAAAAAGAGGCAAAUACGGAGGACACGGUGAUAGGAGAUGAGGAUGAGGAGGAAGAGGAGGAGGAGGAGGAGGAAGAAGAGGAGGAAGAGGAGGACGAGGAAGAGGAGGAGAAGGAGAAGGAAGUGGAGUUGAAACAUAUCAUUCAGGAGGUGAAAGAAGAAAUAAAAAUGGAAACUGCAGAAACUGCCAUUAAUGUUAAAGAAGAAGUGAAUGUUGAGGUUACUGAGGAAGAUAGCAGCAAAGAUAACAAGUCUGAAGACAAGGAAAGUAUUGAGCUUACCAAAGAUGAUAAAGAUGAACUUUUUGAAAAUAAAUGCAAGAAAGAGUUAGAAGAUACAUGUAAAGAUAAAAAAGAAGAAUGCAAAAGUAAAAAUUCAGAGAAAUUGGAAGAUAAAAAUAAAAGUAAUGGUGAAAAGGACGAAAAGUGUGGGUCGGCUCUGCUGAGUCUGCAGCAGAUGGAUGAAGCCAUGGCAAAGUGUGGCAGUAGUUUGACCUAUGAUAACCUGGUUUCCAAUGAGCCAACUGUUGCACAGCUGCUUGCUCAGUCAGCUGCAAAUCCUAUUAAGUGGCCAAAGGACCGAAUGCUGCAGUCUCGAAUUGAACAUCUCAUGUAUGCUGUGGAGCAUAAAAAGUGGCCAGUUGGCAUAGAUUACCAAAGUAGUGAACAAGAAAGUAAAUCCAGUGCCCUCCCUCAAGCCACCAGCAGUGCCUCAUCACCCCACACAUCAAACUCAUCCGACCCUUUGGACUCUGAGCGCAGGAAACGGCGCCAGCUGGAGGCAGCAGAGGCAGAGCGACAGCGCAUACAGGCUUUGUUGCAUCCUAAUCUUCAGCACACGUUAGGACUGAAUAAGAGUUCCUCCAGUGCUGCUGCUGCUGCCGCCGCUGCUGCCGCCUUGGGUCUUUCACAGAGCUUUACUAGUGCCAGUCUUAGAUCACUCAUGGAACAAUCAGAUGAAAGGAGUAAAAAGGCCCAGCAACAGCUGGCAGCAGAUUCACAUGCAUUGCGGCAGCUUCAAGCUCUGCAAGGAACUUUAGACUUGACUAUCAAACCUGUUAAUCCCAGUCAUAAUGCCAUGGAUAUGGCUGCUAGUCUCUUGUCUCGUCGGGGCCCGGGCCGGCCCAGGCUGGAUGAUCCAGUGAGAACAAUGGAGAAGAGACGUCUCAGUGAAUCCCCCUUAGAUUCUAGAACUCAGGAAAAGAAACGCAGAAAGCUUGAUGAGAUAGUAUUAGGGCUUACAUCUAAGGGUAAGAGUCCUGAAAACUCUGCUUCAUCUUCUAAGGACACCAGUCCACUGUCUCUUCUUCGUGGCUCGUCUGUAACGUUGUUAAGUUCUCGUGACAAAAGUCAGGUAACCAACACUGUGACAACACCUAAACUGUCUUCUAGUAUUAGUAUCACACCCACCAUAUCUAAGCGAUCUGGGGACUCCAGAGUGGAAGACGGCGGAGGAACGUCAAGUAAGAAUACAACUACCUCCAGUGAUAAAGAAAGCAAACCUGGGUUAGUGAAACAAUCGGACUUGCCCCCAGGCGUAACGUUACCGCCUGGAAUUGAGCUUUACCGUCCAACUGAUGCUAAAGUGGAUAAGUGGUUGGAACAACACCAAGGUCUCUUGGCAGAUUCCUCAAGACCUUCUAAGGACCUGAAGAGACGAAAGAUUGAUUUUACUUCAAUGGACUGGAGUCAGUUUUCUGGUGAUGAACACAUCAGUGUUGUCAACACUACCACUGGGCAGAGGAUAAGUGGACAAGAAGCACCUAGGCUCAAGUACCUUGCCCAGUGGCUUAUGGAGCAUCCUAACUAUGAUGUUGAUCCUCAGUGGGCCGAUAUUGUGAAGGAUCGUAGCAGUAGUGCGGGUUUUCUCUCUGAUCUUCACAAGAAAUUAGUGAAUGCAGAAAAGAAGCACAGUGUCAGUCGUGCCUCCCUCAUGUCUUCAGUGUCAAGUUAUCUCCAUGGCAGUACACCUUCUAGCAGCACCACUACAUCCCCUCAGUCCCUGGCCUCUGGCUCUAACACCACUACCACAUCUACCUCGGCUGCUGGAGGAAGCACUUGCGCUUUUCCCCUUUCGUACCAUUCCUCCAAAGGCUUACCGUUUGAUACCAAGAGUUUCCUUCAGGGGCUGGAUCACAAGAGCCCUCUUACUACUGCAGCUCUUGCUGGAUUGGAUCCAAAACUCUUGGGAUUUGAUCCUAAACUGCUAGGAAGCCUCGAUCCAAAAGCUCUUGGUCUAGACCCAAAGCUGCUACCUCCGUUAGAUCCAAAAUUAUUAGCAGCUAUGGGCCUAGACCUUAAAAUUUUGGGGCUAGACACGAAGCAUCAUGAAACAAAACAUCAUGAAAAAGAGAGCAAAGCAUCAUCUUCACGAAGCUCGGACUCUAAGUCCUCAUUGUUUAACAUUGAUCCAAAAUUACUAGGUUUUGACCCUAAAUUGCUAGCAGGAUUAGAUCACAAAACUUUAGCUUCACUUGAUCCUAAGUUACUUGCGAGCCUGAGUGGAUUAGAUCCUAAAGCAUUAUCAGGUCUUGACUCUAAAGGUCUAUCUGGACUUGAUCCUAAAGUCUUGGGUAUUGAUCCAAAAUUGUUAGCAGGCCUUGACCCCAAGCUUUUAGGUGGCUUAGACCCCAAAUUAUUAGGAGGCUUGGAUCCUAAGUUGUUAGGUGGUCUAGAUCCUAAAUUAUUUGGUGGGUUAGAUCCCAAGUUAUUAGGUUUAGACCCAAAAUCAUUAGGUGGUAUAGAUCCCAAAUUAUUAGGUGGUAUUGAUCCUAAACUACUGGCAGGUUUAGAUCCUAAAUUAUUAGGAGGACUCGAUCCAAAAAUGAUGUGCCUAGAUCCAAAGAUGCUUGGUUUAGACCCCAAAAUGUUUGGUGGUAUUGACCCCAAAUUAUUGGGAGGCUUGGAUCCGAAGCUCCUAGGAGGAUUAGAUCCCAAGGCUCUUGGUGGUCUUGAUGCCAAGCUGUUGGCAAGUAUGGGUAUGGACCCAAGCAUGAUGAUGAUGGCAGGCUUUGGUGGUUUACCAGGUAUGGCUGGAUUAGGAAUGGCAAAUCCUCUGUUAGGUGGAUUGGCUGGAUUUGGUAUUCCAGGCUUAGCAAAUCUGAAUGAUUUCCCAUCAACCUCCAAGAAUAAAGACCAUAGAAAUGCAGCCAGUUCAGCAGCUAAUUUGUCGUUCCCAGGAAUGUUUCCUGGUGCAAGCACAGCUGGGCUGAUGUACCCACCUCUUGGCCUGGGUGGUUUAAGUUCCUUCCAGUUACCCUCCAUAUCUUCAGCUGCAUCUACUGCUCUCCUUAAUGGUCUACCUGCAAGCAUAAUGUCCAUGGCAGGGACCUCACGUCACAUGAAUCAGGCUUCUACAACCAUCAGCAGCAGUAGCAAGUGGAAACAAGAUCAACGUAGAACUCGAGAGUCGAGGGAAGAGCACCGCAGCAGGAUGGAGAGAUUGGAUCCUACAGAUGAGAUUGAACGAGGUCUGAAUGUACGCAAAGAAAAAUUGAAGGAGCAGUCUGGGCUCUCAAAAGAGGAGCGUUAUCUAUUAAAACAAAUGAAAGCAGAACGGUUAGCGCGAGAGAUAGAAGCUCGGGGAAGUCAUGAUCCGUAUGCGGCUCAUUUAGAUUUGUCGUUACACUGGAGUCAAGAGAGUCAUCGUAGUGAGAGGACACAAGAUGCCCCAGAAAACUUAAGUCGUGAAUCUGAACCUGCCAAACAUGUACAAGGAGCAGAUGCUCAAAAUUUGAGCACAAAAGAUAUUGAAAAUGGUGAAAGAAGUGGCACAAACUCUGAUGUUGAGGAAGAGGACGAAAAGUCUUAGUGCAGUGGUGUUGUCCUACAAGUUAUGUUCGUAAUCACUAAUUUAACCAACCUUGAAAGUAUCGAUUAUAUACUUUUAGUGUAAACUCGAGACGAUAUUUUAGUUAAAGUGAACGAAAGUGAAUUCCAUGUAUGCAAUUUGUAUGAGUGAAAUAAUACCACAAACCCCCACCUCCAGUUUUCCAUACUACUGCUCUUCAUAUAUCCACACAUCAAAUAUUCACUUUGACAUUUAACUGUGAUACUGACCUCAUUAUUUAUUCCAUAUUUUGUGCGAAAAUAAUAUAUCAGCUGUCUGACGGGAACACAUUUUCCAUGUACUCUAUUGUAAUCUUUAAAAGGCAAAGUUUAAAGAAGUGUGAAAGUAUAUUAUCUUUUCCAUUAAUAGUGUAUGCAAGUUGAUACAGUGAAAACUGCUUAAUUGCAAAGGCGAGAAUCCUUUUUGUUGCCUGGUAUCGACGAUUACAAACAUUAGUGAUGUAUUAAUUUGGAUCUGACUGUUCCAAGCUGUUGCGAGAGGAAAGUCCUCUGUUUCUGGUGUAUCUGGUCAGGCAUGUGUAAACAUUCUAGAAGCUGCUUUAUAUUGUAUAAUUGCAAUUUCACACAUUGAACCUCUCAAAAGUGCUUUAGGAGUCAAGUACAAGAGUGUAGAGAUCUUUCCUUUGAUAAAAGUGUUAGAUCUUAAACCGGAAACCCAUGUCUGUGUAUAUAUUAUUAUUAAGAAUGAAUAUAAUUGUAAGCAAACUUUUGUAAAAGCUAAAUGUAAACUGAAGUUCACUAAUAUUAAAGGGAACUUGGUGAGA